AACCAUGUCAUCACGCUGGGCGGACUCGGAAGCCGACGCAGCAGAAGCUAAACGCCGCAAAAAGGAAAAGGAAGAAAAGAAGCGACUGAAGCUCCAAAAACAACAAGCGGAGCAAGAAGCCGCUGUACGAGCGGCCCAACAGGCGGAGUCACGACCUUCCAAGCGGAGGAGACUUUCCAACGAUGAUGAGGAAGAGGAAGGGAAAAAUGGACCCUCCUCCAAGGAGAAUGAAUCCCAGCGCAAGCUCCUGCGCUUCGAAGCCGGCAGCUGGGCACCCUGCAGACACACAUCCAACUUUGAAACUCUGAACCACAUAGAAGAGGGCUCAUACGGCUGGGUUUCGCGCGCAAAGGACAUCACGACAGGGCAAGUCGUUGCGCUGAAGAAGAUCAAAAUGGACACCCACCACCAAGACGGCUUCCCCAUCACCGCUAUGCGCGAAAUCGCCAUCCUCCAGCGUGCCCGACACACCAACAUCGUCUCUCUCCACGAAAUACUCACAGGCAGCGCCUCAGACGAAGUAGUCCUCGUCAUGGAAUUCCUCGAGCACGACCUCAAAACACUCCAAGAAGACAUGCCAGAACCCUUCCUCGCCUCGGAAACAAAAACGUUACUCCGCCAACUCACAUCCGCCCUCUCCUUCCUCCACUCAAACUUCAUCCUCCACCGCGACCUCAAAACCUCAAAUAUCCUCCUCUCCAACCGCGGACACCUCAAAAUCGCAGACUUCGGAAUGGCCCGGUACAUCCCGCCUCCGCACGCGCCACCCCCAACCCAACUCGUCGUCACCCUCUGGUACCGCGCGCCCGAACUCCUGCUGGGGACCGAAACCUACAGCACCGAAAUCGACAUGUGGAGUCUAGGCUGCAUCUUCGGCGAGCUCCUCCUCAAGUCUCCGCUUCUGCAGGGCAAAAACGAAGUCGACGAACUGGCCCUCAUCUUCGCUUUAUGCGGCGUGCCCACCGACAAAACAUGGCCUGGAUUCUGGCGUCUGCCCAACUCCAAGAGCCUCAAGAUCCCCCGCGAUCCAUCGUCCUCGUCCCUGAAGACAUCGAGCCAGAUCCGCUCGAAGUUCCCCUCGCUGACUACCGAAGGCGUUUCUCUCCUUUCUUCUCUCCUCUCGCUCAACCCCGAUCGUCGCCCUUCUGCAGACGAGGUCCUGCGGCAUCCGUAUUUUAGCGAGGCGCCGAAACCGAAGCCGAUGGAAUUGUUCCCAACUUUCCCGAGUAAGGCGGGACAGGAAAGGAGGAGGAGGGCUGUGAGUCCGAAUGCGCCGAAGCGAGGGGAAGCGCCUGGGAUGGGGGAUGUGGAUUUUAGUGGGCUUUUUGGGGAGGGAGAAGGAGUUAAGGGGUCCGGGUUCCAGUUGAGGGUUGUGUAG